UCAUCAGCUGAGUGUCAUUUUCGUGUGUACUGUCGACGUCAAAAUAAAGAAUACAAUAAUACCAUAAAAAACAUCAGGGUUUUCUCUGGGAUAUGUCUGAUCUUCCUAUUCACAAAUAUAAGAUUGAAACAGAAAAAUAUAUGCUAUUUUAAAUUUCAUAAAUUUUAGUAUUUUGAGAAAUCUGUUAGUUUCUACAAUGGGAAGGAUAUUUUUGGAGCAUAUGGGAGGCAGUAGACUGUUCUCUUGUGCUAGAUGUGAUACAAAUCUGACUAACAGAGAUGAAUUGAUCAGUACUCGGUUCACAGGUGCCACUGGGAGAGCCUUUUUGUUCAACCGGGUUGUUAACUUGACUUACAGUGAGGUGCAAGACAGAGUCAUGCUGACUGGGAGGCACAUGGUACGGGACGUUUCUUGUAAAGCGUGCGACUCAAAACUCGGAUGGAUGUAUGAAUUCGCUACUGAGGACAAUCAGAAAUACAAAGAGGGCCGAGUGAUCCUCGAACGUGCUCUCGUCACAGAAUCAGACGGAAUGGAUGACCGAAUGUACGAAAGACGACAACAUUAAAUGUAGUACUAGAAUUAUCUGUGUUAUAAUAGAUUUAGGUAUGUUUUGAUGAACGAUGUCCUGAAUUUAGAUUUUUUCAAAGAACAAUUUAAGGCGGUUAUUCCAAAUUUAUUAUUAAAUGAUCAAAAAUAAUUUUUACAGUAAUAUAUGUAUAUAUAUAUAUAUAUAUAUAUAUAUAUUAUUUUUUAGUUUUGUUGUUUUACAUACUAUAGGUAUGUACUUAAUUUCUUGCACAAGAAAAAUUCAAUUAACUCAUGAAUGCACUGACAAUCACAUAUAUGUUGUGAACUUUAAACUGUGUAUUAUAUUCUAUGUGAUUAUUAAUUAUUUUUUGAAAAAAAAUUGUAUUUGUAAUAUGAAUUGCUAUGACCAAAUUUACAGUUAUUAGAAAUUGUUGAUUAUUUAGUGAACGAUUUUUUUUAUUUUACAUUUAACAGCAUAUUAAAUAUAAUAAGAUUUAAAUUUUUAAAUCUGUUAUUAUAAUAUUACUAUGCAUAGUUUUAAAAUUUAAAAUGAGUUCUUAUUUUAGUGGUACGAUUAUUUACUUUUAGUUCAUCACAAUCAAGUGAUACAAGUAACUUUAUUUUUCUCAUUUUAAUAUUACAGAUGUGUUAUAGUUUAUGUUAAAUUAAGGACAUCUUGUUGGAGGGUAAUCUGUUAAUGACUGCUUCCACAAUAUGUAAAAGUGCAAUAGAAAUAUUUAGAAAUAUACACAUACGUGUAUAAUUAAUAAUAUAUUUUGAAAAUUAACAAACAUGAAUUAAUCCCUUUAACUUCAGAGGCAGUCAAUAACAAGAUAUAUUAUAUAAGGUAAUAUAGAUGUAUGUUUGCUCUAAACUGCCAUAACUAUACCAAGUACAAGUUUAAAAAACUAAAUACAGUGCAUUAUAUAACGUACGAUUUUCACAUGUUUUUUAAUUUUUACUUAUAACGUAGCAAUAAAAUACUAUGAAUUAGGUGUUCCUGAUUUUAUAAUUUUGAUGUUGGAAUGAAACAAACUGGAAAAGUAGCAUUGGCGUUGUUUUACAUAUUUGAUACUUUGCAGCUUUUCUAAAGUUGUAUGGCAGAAAUUUCUAUAUUAAUAUACGAAAUAAAUGUUUUAUAUAGCA